GGGCGUGAGGCGUCCCCAUGGGGCUGCAGGGCCCGCGGAGGGAUACGGGGCGGGGGGCGUGAGGCGUCCCCAUGGGGCUGCAGGGCCCGCGGAGGGAUACGGGGCGGGGGGCGUGAGGCGUCCCCAUGGGGCUGCAGGGCCCGCGGAGGGAUACGGGGCGGGGGGCGUGAGGCGUCCCCAUGGGGCUGCAGGGCCCGCGGAGGGAUACGGGGCGGGGGGCGUGAGGCGUCCCCAUGGGGCUGCAGGGCCCGCGGAGGGAUACGGGGCGGGGGGCGUGAGGCGUCCCCAUGGGGCUGCAGGGCCCGCGGAGGGAUACGGGGCGGGGGGCGUGAGGCGUCCCCAUGGGGCUGCAGGGCCCGCGGAGGGAUACGGGGCGGGGGGCGUGAGGCGUCCCCAUGGGGCUGCAGGGCCCGCGGAGGGAUACGGGGCGGGGGGCGUGAGGCGUCCCCAUGGGGCUGCAGGGCCCGCGGAGGGAUACGGGGCGGGGGGCGUGAGGCGUCCCCAUGGGGCUGCAGGGCCCGCGGAGGGAUACGGGGCGCUCUGUGGCCUUGGUGCAUCACCCCAAUGGCGCCCCCUCCAACAUCCUCACGCCCCGUAUCCAUCUGCAGCCUGAGAACACCCCAGCGCCUUCACUCUCAUCUUAAAUAUUCCUCCGCUCCGGGGCAAAGUAGUCCCCCACGGAAGGGCCUGGCGGUGCGAACCCCAAAGCCAGCCCCGGCGCUAUGCGGUGGUUUGAUCCUCCACUGAGCAGGGCGGUGGCCAUGUCGGACUCUGGGCACAGCCAGCCCGGCCUGUACGGCCCCGACCGCCGGCGCCGAUGGAACCGUGACAAGGAGCUGGGCCCCCCAGGCGGCCCCCAGAGCUUGUCUGGGCCGGGCCGGGAGCGCGACUAUGGUCCCUGGGACCGCGAGCGCCGGCCAGUCGGGUCCGUGAUGCAGAAGACGCCCAUCAUCCUGGCCAAGCCGCCCGCGGAGAGGUCCAAGCUGGCCCCAGCCCCAGCUCCUGUGCCACCUGCCACUGCUCCUCCCCCCAUGGAGAAGCCCAUUGUGCUGAUGAAGUCACGGGAGGAAGGCAAAGGCCCAGCAGGGGCGCCAGAGGGGACUGCCCAGCCUCACAGGCGUCCCACGCAACCCGUCUACCAGAUCCAGAACCGAGGCAUGGGCUCCGCCGCGGCCAGCAGCACUAUGGACCCUGUGGUGGGCCAGGCGAAGCUGCUGGCGCCAGAGAAGAUGAAGCACAGCAUCAAGCUGGUGGACGAUCAGAUGAACUGGUGUGACAGUGCCAUUGAGUAUCUGCUGGACCAGACAGUCCUGCUUGUGGUCGGGGUGCUGGGAUUGCAGGGCACCGGCAAAUCCAUGGUGAUGUCUCUGCUGUCAGCCAACCAGCCUGAAGAGGAUCAAAGGGCCUACGUGUUCCGCACCCAGAGCCAGGAGAUCAAGGAGCGUGGGGGGAACCAGACCACCCAGGAGCGCAUCAUCUUCCUCGACACCCAGCCCAUUCUCAGCCCUUCUAUCCUGGACCAUCUCGAGUACAACCUGCCGCACACCUACGUGGAGAUGCAGUCCCUGCAGAUCGCAGCCUUCCUCUUCACCGUCUGCCACGUGGUCAUUGUGGUGCAGGACUGGUUCACUGACCUCAGCCUGUACAGGUUCCUGCAGACGGCUGAGAUGGUGAAACCCUCCACGCCCUCCCCCAGUCACGAGUCCAGCGGCUCCUCGGGCAACGAUGAAGGCACAGAGUAUUAUCCCCACGUCGUUUUCCUGCAGAACAAGGCCAAGAGGGAGAACUUCUGUCCCCGGAACCUGAAGCAGAUGCACGUGGUUAUCGACAAAAUCAUGAUGCACUCGCACCUGAAAUACAAGGGCACUCUCUCCAUGCUGGAGUGUAACAUCUUCCCGGGCCUGCCCUGCCACUACUACAAUCCCCCUGUGCUCCCCUGCAUGACCCCCCGUGUGGUACAGUCUCCUUGUCUCCCACCCCUCAUAGCCCCUGCGUGGUACAGUCCUGCCCUCCUCUACGCAGGCCCCCACUCAGUACAGUUCCCCUGCCCUCCCCGCAGGGCCCGCAAUGUGGUACAUUCCCCCUGCCCUCCUGUGAUCCCCAGUGUGGUGCUGUCCAUGCCGCCCCCCCCCUUCCCUUGGCCCCGUUUGUGCUGUCCCGCGCCCUGCCCCCACCGUGGUCCUCGGGUCUGUGCUGUUCUCAUUCCCCCCCUUGUGCCUGCAGCUCCUGGGGGUGGCCCCCUCUUCUCCCUGCUGCCUGGGUACAAGGGGCACCCCAGCUUCCAGUCGCUCAUAGCCAAGCUGCGCAGCCAGAUCAUGUCCAUGGCGCGGCCCCAGCUCUCCCACACCAUCCUGACCGAGAAGAACUGGUUCCACUAUGCGGCCCGGAUCUGGGAUGGUGUGAAGAAAUCCUCGGCACUCUCGGAGUACAGCCGCCUGCUGGCCUGAGCAACUGCUGCCUGAGGAGCUGCCAUGCUGGGGGGCCAGAUGGGGCCCCUGCUCUCUGCCUCCUGGGGCCGAAGGGGCCUGCCGGGCAGCCCGGGAGGAGCUGUUUGGUCACUGGCCUGAGGCAGGAGAGGCCAGGCCAGGCGGCAGACGUCCUUGCCAUGCCACCGCUCUGCUCCUCGAGGGCAGCAAGGGCAGAGCCGCCCUGACCACUCCCCCUGGCAGACGGGGAGCUGGGGGGAGCCCACGCUUCCCCCACCUUGGCUGGGGCUGAGAAUGGAGCCACAGCCUGCAGGGCAAGAUCAGGGAAAGACUGGGGAAGGGGGCACCACUGGGCAGAGUCACAGCCAUGGGGCUGGGCCUUUCAUCUCAUCUCCUCUUCCCAUUUCCUUCCUUCCUCCUCCUCCUCCUCCUGUCCCUUCCUCUCCCUCCCUCCCUCCCACCUCCUCCUCUCCCUUCCUUUCAUCUUUCCAUCCCUCCCACCUUCGCAUCUCAUCCCCACCAGUCUUAAAGAAGAAUCUUUUCCCUCCCCCAUUAAUUCCCCCUUUUUUGCUCUUCCCAGAGUCUCUGCCACAUGUGACUCUCUGAUCCCAUACUAGGGUCCCUCUACAUUGACCGUGGUGUGUCUCUGUGAGGAUCCCCUCCUUGUGCCCCCUCCCCUGCUAAUAAAGAGGCCUUCAAGCGAG